AUGGGUAGGACUGCAAAGGCCACCACGGGCCGUGGACAAACGAACAUGGACGCCGACGAGCGCACACAGUUACUGCACGAUCUCGAGAUGAAACACCAGCAGAACGCGGGCGAGGCCCAUAUUCUGGUCAAAGAUGAGGACAUCCGUCGACUGAGACUACGAAUCCUGUUGCUACGAGACGAGAACACCUCAUUGCGCGAUCAAGUGGAACUUAACAUGGACACGAAUACGAAGCUUACUGCUCAGUGCGAUGAUCUUGGCGCGAGGAUUGAGGCCGAAAUGGAAGUAGUCCGCUCACAGGAACAAGAGCUACGUAAGCAGGAAAGAGAGUACAAAAAUCUGAAGGCAGAGCUCCAAUCAAUGAACAACAUGACCCAAGACUCGACCAACCUACUCUCGGAAAAGCUCUCACUCAGUCGCGAGUUGGCUGUCUUGAAGCCAGAGAUUGAGCACUUACGAUCACAAGUCAAUCACCAACAAGAAACCCUUGCCGAGAAGCUGGCGCUCGAGCGCCAAGUCAACACCCUCGAGGUCGAGCUGGCAAAUGAGAAGAAGGCAACAAGGCGAGCUAUGCAGAAACGCGAAAGCAACGACCGGGUCGAGGACGAGCUCCGAAAGAAGCUACGAGAAAUGGAGAAGAAAUUGACCGCCGAGAAAACCGAACGGGAGAGACUGGAAGACCAGCUUGAACAGGAGAAGCGCACACGUCAAUUUGCUCUACAGGAGCAGGACAACACACGCGAAUUGGAGGCAGAUCUUCGUAAGAAACUACAGGACGUUCAAAAGGAGCUGAGACAAGAGAAAGAAGACAAGGAGAGAAUAGAGGAAGAGCUACAAGCCGCGACCCGAGCAUCCAAGAAGUCGCAGAAGGUCAAGGUCAACACUGCCGAAGAGGAUGGGCUACGUGCCCAGCUGCAGCAAUUACAAAGCGACCUGGAGGCAUUGCAGGAGGAGAACGCGAAGCUUCGCCAGGACAGCCAGACAGCUGCUGUUGAAGCGGACGCGCAUACCGAACAGCUUACAAAGAAGCUCGAGAAGAUCAAGACAAAAGCGCGAGAGACUCACGAACAGCUGAAGCAGUGCCAAGCGGAUCUUCGCAAAGCCCAGCAACAACUCUCACGCUCUGCAGGGUCCGACGAGAACACGAAGACAAAUGCUAAGUCUCAGGCCUUCCGUAAGAGGAAAGCUCAGGAAAUAGCGGCAGAUGACUUCACGAAUAUCGAAAUUCAAACACCGGGAGCGGAGGACACCACGAAGGGCAGACGUGCCUUCAAAAAGCGACCUUUCGAGCCUACCCUUGUCGGUGAAAAGUCAGCGUUCUCUAUAACGCCUUUCCUGAACCGCACCAGGGUCAUGUCGGACGACGCACCCGACACAGACGAGGGAGCGUCAAAUGAUUAUAUUACUGGGCCACAGCAAGUGACCGAAGUCGUCGAAGCCACCACGACAGUUCCUGUGGACGCCUCGGCCGAUCCGGUGGAGCGCGACCCUGCGGCUGCUGCUCCAGAUGAGGACGAGAAGCCCCAGCCCCAGCCAAAGACCCGUGGUAGACCAAAGAAAGUACUUGGAGAGGCACCAUCCGCCAAAAAGAACGCACUGACAAAACCGGCCACGAAGAAGACCGUCAAAGCCAAGGGCAGUCUUGAGAAGGUGGCCGAGGAGGCCCCUGUCGAAAACCAAGAGAAUCUGCCCGUCGCCAAAGUGCCCGCGGAAAGAACGACAACUGUUAAGUUCAAUUUCACUCUUCCGCAGGACGAGAGCACGUCCUCCAGCUUGAACGGCGAGCCGCCCAAGAAGAAGAAGCGCAAGGUCCUCGGCUCUACCAAGACGCUGUUCGACGAAGAAGAGGGCGAAGCACCAGCCGCGCGCAAGCCGGCGCCCAAGGUCCUGCUCGGCGGCAAGAGAGUAGUGGGCAAGGCGCUCGCUGGUGUUAAGAGGAACGCGUUUGCCGGCACUGCUUCUUUCUCGCCCUUGAAGCGAGAUCGUCGUGGUGUGGGUGCUAGUUUCCUUGCAUGA